AUGGGGAGCCUCUUCCAGAGGAUGAAGCCUUACAUGGCCAUGAUGGCCCUUCAGUUCGGCUACGCUGGCAUGAACAUUAUUACCAAGGUCUCACUCAACGGGGGGAUGAGCCACUAUGUCCUCGUUGUCUACCGCCACGCCUUUGCCACACUCUCCAUCGCCCCCUUCGCCCUCAUCCUCGAGAGGUCGACGCUGCCUCACCCGACCACACCUUCUAUUUCCACCAUAUCCAUUGAGAGAUCUCUCAAGCUGAUAGAAGAUUGUUUCUUGUCCUCUGUUGUUUCAGGAAGGUGCGACCGAAGAUGACUCUGUCGGUCUUCUUGCAGAUUUUUGUUCUUGCCAUGCUUGGGUUAGAACAAUCCCACACUGAGAGAUACAGAUUCGAACGAAUGGAGGAACUUAGCUAACGGGUGCUUGUUCUCUCCCUUCCAUUUUCCAGCCCGGUGAUCGACCAGAACUUCUACUACGCGGGGCUCAAGUUUACUUCUCCGACCUUCUCCUGCGCAAUGAGUAACAUCCUGCCGGCGAUGACCUUCGUUCUGGCGGUCAUCUGCAGGUUGGAGAAGAACUCCCUGCGUUCUGACGGUUCGUCAGCAAUCAGAGACUCAAUGGUUACUUACCCUGGUAAUAAUCUUCAGGAUGGAGAAGGUGGACAUGAAGAGGAUGAGAUGCCAGGCUAAGGUAGCGGGCACUGUGGUGACCGUCGCCGGAGCUAUGCUGAUGACUCUUUACAAGGGACCCAUCGUAGACAUGGUGAGGUCUCGGCCCUCCGACCACCAGACCGCCGCCUCUCCGACGGCAGCUGACGACUCCGACGACAAGAACUGGGUCAAGGGGUCUAUCUUCCUCAUCAUAGCAACUAUGGCCUGGGCAGCUCUCUUCGUCAUCCAGGUAAAGAGAUAGAUGGAGGAAUUAUAUUACUGGGCGAUCUCUAAUUAUCAUAAUCGAUGGAGGAAACCCUGACUAUGAGAUCUUCUUCGUCCUAUCCCAGGCGUUUACACUGAAGAGGUACUCUGCUCAGCUGUCCCUCACAACGCUGAUAUGCUUUGUGGGGACUCUUCAAGCCAUUGUCGUGACCUUCGUUAUGGAGCACAAGCCUUCCGCAUGGACCAUUGGUUUUGACAUGAACCUCCUCGCCGCUGCCUAUGCUGUAAGUAUCCCCCUCCCCCAACCCCCACACCCCCCGUCAUCUCUCUCUCUCUCUCUGUUCCUUUCUUACGUUUCUUCAUCCAUGCAGGGGAUUGUGACGUCGAGCCUCGCCUACUACGUCCAAGGCCUGGUCAUCAACAAGAGAGGACCAGUCUUCGCCUCAGCCUUCAGCCCUCUGAUGAUGAUCAUAGUGGCUGUGAUGGGUUCCUUCAUCUUGGCCGAGAAGAUCUACUUGGGAGGGUAAUUAGCUUUUAAUCCCUUCCAUCACCGCUUUUAAACCAUCAUCCUACUCCUUUUCUCUACAAAGCCCCAUAGUGGGUUCCUCCGGAAAACCCACCAUGCAUGAUUUGAGUAACAUAUUUCCCCUUUAUUUCCCACCAACCAAUAGCUGUCCCUUCAUAGCACAAAUCCUCCAUCUCACCUCACCAUCAACUUGCUUCCCUCUUGUUUCUCGGUUGGGUGCAGAAUUCUCGGGGCGAUUCUUAUCGUCGCAGGGCUUUACUCGGUACUUUGGGGGAAGUACAAGGAGAACCAAGAGAAGGAGGCCAGCCCCAUUCCAAUAGCUAUAAAGGGAAUGGAAGGCAAUGGCCAAGGAAUUGAAGGAGAAGAGAUGGAGCUCAAGAAGGCGAAAACGACCGAUAACAACAAGGAGACAAACUCCUCCCUCGGUGCUCUAAUGAAUGGUACUCCCAUGAAGACCAAGGAGGGGACAGACGUAUAA